AUGGCAGCAGCAACAACGUUCGGAAAGAGUAGACGAAUUCUUCCUCAGCUUUCCGCCUACGCCCUGGACACCGAGACUGAUAUCAACCAACUAAUGUCGACGUUUAACGUGGACAUCGCCGUCGCCAGCUUCAGCAGAAAGUUACAACCAGUUAGCGACAAGACACUGGACUUCCUCCCCCAAUCACUUUACCCGUCGACUUCACUGGCUUCCCUUACAGACACAUUCGAGUACGAGGCUGGGUCGAGGGCGACGUUCGACACACCCUACUCCGACAGCGACGGUACCCCGAGCACCCCGCUCACCCCGCACUACAAGGGAUACACGCACUUCACAUUCCCGGACGUCAGCCUUCCAGCUCCCGCCGCCAGGGCAUGCGAGAAAGACAAGAAGACGAAAACAUCUCCGAGGAAAGCCAGCAGCUCGGCCAAGUGGGCGACGGGCAGACGGGGCAGGGGGGCGUGCAAACCCGUCACGAAGGACGUGGAGCGCAGGAGGAGGCUGGCGGCGAACGCUCGAGAACGCAGGAGGAUGGAGAGUCUGAACGUGGCCUUCGACAGACUUCGAGGAGUAGUGCCCUCUACCGGUAAUGACACUCAGCUGUCCAAGUACGAAACUCUGCAGAUGGCGCAGACAUAUAUCGUCGCGUUACAAGACGUUUUACACAAAGAGGAAGCCGCCAGCUGA